UCUUAUUUUUAUUUUCUAUGUUCCAUCUCUAAUAAACAUGUCACCUCUAAUAAAUAAAAUUCGUAUCGAGCUGUUCUUGUCUUCGUUUCUUUUUGAUCGCGGUUCGCUGAGUUCCGUUAUGCGAGUUUAACGGAUUUUGCUCUGUUCUACAUAGCCUCGGUUCGACGAUGCGUUAGAGUGAGACAAAUGCUUGUCCUGUGGUGAGUUCGGACCAGCAUGUAUCAAGCGAGAUGGAGCGAUGUUGAAAUGUACACGAGGCACUUAUGUUUGAAAACUCUGAGAAAGCAGACGCGUGAAUAUGUCGCAACCGAGGAAGUGUACGACUCGCGGGCGGAACGCGGCAACAGAGGACCCCGAAACAGUUAACUUGCCGACAUCAGAAGUGGGAUCGCCUCAGCCCCAAGCCAUCACUGAUGAUCGCCUGUCCACAAUUUUGGAAAUGCAGCAUCGUAAUCUAUUGGAAAUUGUGAAUGCCGUGAGGGGCUCGCAGACUACACAAGUAGUUGUACUACCCAAGUUCAACCCUGAGUCCGCCGGUUCAAGUGCAGCCACUUGGUGCUCUACAGUGGACCUUAUUGUAGGAGAAAAUCCUCUGGAUGGCAGUGCUUUGCUCAUGGCCUUAACCAAAUCAUUGGAGGGCAGUGCUUCUAAUUGGCUGUCACAAAUUUGUUUCGCCGGAAUGACUUGGAGCCAAUUCCAAGAAAUGUUCCUUCAGCAGUAUGAAGGCAAUGAGACGCCAGCAGCAACAGUCUUUAAUGUAUUAAACGGGCGGCCAAACGACGGCGAAUGUCUUGCGCUGUAUGGUAGCCGAUUAAUAACAACACUUAUGGCAAAAUGGAAGUCUAUGACCGCAGAAGAAAUUGCAGUGUCUGUUGCCCUGGCACAUGCUGCAAAUAUAGAUGGUAGGCUGCAACGCACUGUGUUCACAACUACUGUCAAAACACGCAACGAGUUGCAGAACGAGCUAAGAGCGUUUUCGUAUGGCAAGAGGAAGGACCAUCCCGUUCCAGAAAAUUCUACCAGCAAAAGAGCUCGCCUACACCCAAAUGUUAAGUGCCACUUUUGUGGAAAAAUUGGCCACAAGAUAGCUGACUGCCGCUCCGUGAAAAACAACUUAAAGAAUCAACAAGGAUCUAGUUCGAGUAUUGGGCGCUUAUCUGACUCUAAACCUGGGUCAAUUACUUGCUAUAGAUGUGGAAACCAGGGGCAUAUAGCGUCAGCUUGCCCUGCAAGACAAUCGUUGUCAAACCAAACUAAAGCCGACGAGAAGCGUGUCAACGUGUGUCACGUAGUCGAGCCAAUUGGGACAUUGAUAUCAUCGGAUUAAGCUUGUUUAAUUUUGAAACUUAUAUUACACACGAGGACGUGUGCUGGUCAGGAAGGCCGUGUCGCAUCAUUAUUAGUCUUAUUUUUAUUUUCUAUGUUCCAUCUCUAAUAAACAUGUCACCUCUAAUAAAUAAAAUUCGUAUCGAGCUGUUCUUGUCUUCGUUUCUUUUUGAUCGCGGUUCGCUGAGUUCCGUUAUGCGAGUUUAACGGAUUUUGCUCUGUUCUACAUAGCCUCGGUUCGACGAUGCGUUAGAGUGAGACAAAUGCUUGUCCUGUGGUGAGUUCGGACCAGCAUGUAUCAAGCGAGAUGGAGCGAUGUUGAAAUGUACACGAGGCACUUAUGUUUGAAAACUCUGAGAAAGCAGACGCGUGAAUAUGUCGCAACCGAGGAAGUGUACGACUCGCGGGCGGAACGCGGCAACAGAGGACCCCGAAACAGUUAACUUGCCGACAUAUACAUAUGUUUGUUCACCAACACAGAAAUGUUAUCAAUAUUAACAAGUGUAAGAAGUCGAAUAGCUGGAGAUUUUUCGAUCGCAUAAAUUUUAGUUGAAAGUUCUUAUAUUUUUUGUGUAUAUUCUUUUAAAAUUGGUCGCAUAAAAUUAUCAAGGAAUAUACAUAAAUGAGAAAAGAUAAAGCUUUGUUUUCCAUGAGUAUCAAUAAUAUCGCAUUUGAAAUGUGUAAUUCGAGUACAACCAGUACUUAUUUCAAGAACGGUUGACUUAAAAAUUUUAAGCACGAAAAAGUAAAUUUUUAAGAACGUUCGUUCUCAAAUUAUUCGUU